AUGGCCAGCAGCAACGUUAUCACUCUCAAGCAAUCACCCCUCCCCCGUCGCGUCGUCCGUCGCCCCCUGCAAUUCACUUCUCCUGCCAAAGAGCAGCAGUAUCGCGCUGACAUGGACCACGUGCAGCGGUACAUUUGCGCCCACGUUGGGGGAAUGGACGAAGCGUCGAGCCAACUGCUCGGCGUGCACGACACGCACUCGUGCAGCUACUACGAAGAGAUCCAGGACUUUCUCGACCGCAAGCACGAGCUCGAGCAGAAGCAGCAGCGGCAGCAGCUGCAGACAGUGAACGCCCAGAGCUCCGAGCGCGUGCUCAUUCGAGGCCUCGAUGAGUUCCUGAACGAACUGGACCCGAGUUUGUUUGUCGAGUCCGAGUCGACAGGCCCCCCGCGCCUUGCAGUCGCGAACUUGCCGGUGCACAGUAGCUACAUUCGUCGGAAACAAGAGGAAGCGAUGCUGACUCGCUUGUGGAGCAAGUAUAGUGCCGUGGAGACGGAGCGUUGCACGGUCGCUCCGAUCUCGUGGGGCGGCCCGAUCAAACGUCAGCGGGUCGUGUGA